CGUCCUCCUUCCCCAUUUCCAGGAUUGGUGCAGUUUCUAUUUAGGGUUUUUGAUAAUCUCACCGCUCCCCCAUUGUUUCCCUUUCCUUUACCCCUUUGGUUUCCUACUUCCUUUCCCUCUUUUUUUUUUUCUUUUCUUUCCCCAGCUUCAAUUCUCUGAUUUCUAGUAUCUGUUAUCCAACUUUUGCGAAUAUCAAUUAGGGAAAUAAAAUAGGAAACUUACCUGGGAAAUUUAUUAGAAUAUCCCCCUUCGUUUUGGAAGUAUUUACUGGACUUGCCAUUUCGUUACUUCAGAAACGUUAAUGCAAUAUAGGUUGUUAGCAGAUUAUUAAAUAAACAACAACAACAACAACAACAAAAAAGAAGAAGAAGGGAAAUCUAGCUCUAACUCCAAAGUUAAAUUUUUGGUAGUCAUAGAUUCACCAGGAAACCGAACAUAUUGAAAGGAACGAUCUUUUUUUUUUCUUGGAUUAGUUGCCUUCUCUAUUUCGAAAUUUAUUGCUUUUGGUCGCGUUCUGGCUGUUGGAAGGGUUAAGAAGUUUUUAGGCGAGGAAAAUUGGUUUAGGAUUGCAUGGGAGAGUAUGAAGGGUGUGCGUCGCAGCAUCCGCCCUUCGGGCUAUUACCGAACGGGUUGUUACCGAAUGAAGCCGCCUCGGGGAUUCGGAUACUCGACUACGAGCGAUGGAUGAAGGCUGAGGAAAGAACCGCUGAUCUCAUUGCCUGCAUUCAGCCCGAUGCACCCUCGGAAGGUCGCCGUAAUGCCGUUGCUGAUUAUGUGCAACGCCUCAUCUCCAAAUGCUUCCCUUGUCAGGCGUUUACUUUUGGGUCUGUUCCCCUUAAGACGUAUUUGCCUGAUGGGGAUAUCGACUUAACAGCCUUCAGUAAGAAUCAAAAUUUGAAGGAUACAUGGGCUCAUCAGGUUCGGGAUAUGCUUGAAAAUGAAGAAAAAAAUGAAAAUGCUGAAUUCCGAGUGAAAGAAGUUCAGUACAUUCAGGCUGAGGUGAAGAUAAUCAAGUGUCUUGUACAAAACAUUGUGGUAGACAUUUCAUUUAAUCAGCUCGGUGGAUUAUGUACCCUUUGUUUUCUUGAAGAGGUUGAUCUUUUGAUAAAUCAGAACCAUUUGUUCAAGCGUAGCAUCAUAUUGAUAAAAGCAUGGUGUUACUAUGAGAGCCGUAUAUUGGGUGCUCAUCAUGGGCUUAUCUCAACUUAUGCCCUGGAAACCUUGGUUCUUUACAUAUUCCAUGUUUACAAUAAGCCAUUUUCUGGACCACUUGAGGUUCUGUAUCGUUUUCUUGAGUUCUUUAGCAAGUUUGAUUGGGAAAACUUUUGUGUUAGCCUAUUGGGUCCUGUUCCAGUUAGUUCACUGCCAGACAUAUCGGCGGAACCACCUCGAAGAGAUGGUGGAGAGUUGUUACUUAGCAAAUAUUUUCUUGAUACUUGCAGUUCAAGAUACGCUGUUUGCCAAGAAAAUCAGGGUCAACCCUUUACUUGUAAAUAUUUCAAUGUGAUCGAUCCUUUGCGUGUAAAUAACAAUCUUGGCCGAAGUGUUAGUAAAGGUAAUUUCUUUAGGAUACGCAGUGCAUUUGCAUUUGGUGCUAAAAAGCUGGCUAGAUUACUUGAUUGUCCCAAAGAGGAUCUGUAUUAUGAAGUAAAUCAAUUCUUUAUGAAUACAUGGGAAAGGCAUGGCAGUGGGCAACGGCCUGAUGCACCGAGGAAUGAUAUGUGGCGCUCAAGAUUGUCAAAUUUGGACCACACUCAUGGAUUUAAGAAUAUCAGGAACAAUUCAAACAGUAAAGGGAAUGAUGCUUCUUCACAGCAUGAAACUCAAACUGAAAGGGCUCGACGAUCAUUGGGUGUUUCCUCACAGCAUGUUUAUAAUCCUUUGGAAAGCAAAAUUAAGAUUAAUGAUGCUUCUGCUGUUUCUCGUACUCAAAGCCUAAAGAGUCAUGGUAAUAUGAGCCACUCAAAGACCUCUGAUCAGGUUAGAUGGGAUUCUAAUUCCAGUCAGAAUACUCGUAAUGGUAUUGGUCAGAGAAUUCCUAAAGCAGAGAAUGUGACUGAUGUUCAAGGAAGAUAUCUUUUUGCAAGGACGUGCUCUAGUCCUGAGCUUACUGAAACAUAUGGAGAAGUUACCUCUCAACAAAGGCGGAACAGAACGCCAGAGAGUGGGAAAACCCAGAUUGCUUCUACGAGGUCAGAUAAUAACAGGAGGAAGAAUAUUGAAUCUGAUCUGAUAACAAGUCGUAACAUUAAAUCUUCAUGUGAUGAUCCUUCAUCUUUUAGCCAAGCUUCAAGCCAUCAAAGCAUUGAUACUGCUGCUGAUCCAAACGAUCUUCUAAAUAGUUACCAAGAUGAUUUAGGCUUCAGAAAUAUGAGUCAGGAGUUUUCUUUGAUUCCAGAUGCACAAGGAAUGCAACAAGAAGAGCAAGAUUUAGUGAACAUGAUGGCAUUUUCUGCAGCUCGUGGCUUUAAUGGUCAGGUUUCUGUUCCACUAAAUUUAGCUGCAGGUCACUUGCCUUUUCCUAUCCAACCGCUGUCAAUGUCAUACAAUCAGAGAAAUUUGGGUGGAAUUCUUCCUACAAAUAUUCAAAUGUUUCCCCAAGGAUUAGUUUCUUCUCCUUUGGCCCAUUAUUUUUCUAGCAUUGGAUUAGCCUCAAAUCCAGAGGAUCCAAUUGAGAUCAGUAGUGAAAAUUUUGGUCCUCCAGAAAUGAAUUCAGGGGAAGUGGAACGUGAUUUAUGGCAUGAACAUGACAGAGGCUCUAGUGGUGGUUUUGAUCUUGAUAAUGGGAGUUUUGAAAUGCUUCAGUCGGAUAAUACAGGUAAUGAGAUUUACUUUGAUGAAAGAACUGCAAGUUCUAGAUCCAUGACUGCUUCACAUACUAGUUCACUUAGAAGUAAAAUUUCAUCAGAAAGUUCUUGGGAAGGGUCAUCAGCAAAGGUCUCUAAGCCAGCUAGGGAGAAAAGGGGUAGGAAAACAUCUGCUUCUGUGCUUCCUUCUGCUGCGUGUCAGAAAGGUAAAAGUAUAUCUGAAUAUUCCUCUCAGGUAGAGGAACAUGGCAGAGAUUGGGAUUCACCAUCAAUAGUAGGCACUGAAAUGGCAGAAAGAACUACUGAACCUCAACUUUCUUCGCUUAUUCCAGAUCAUCUAAUACCUGGAUCUGAGACAGCUCAGACAAGUGGUUCAGAUCCAUUGAUACCCAUUGCCCCAUUCCUCUUAGAUCCGGGUUCAGGGCAAAGAACUAUGGAUAAUUCUGGAGUCCCUCCCUUGGCCUUCACCAUAACAGGGCCACCAAUACCAUUUUUAUUGUGUCCUGUGUACAACAUUCCGGCAGAAACAGGAACUCCAGAUGCAUCUACAAACCAUUUCAGUUGGGAUGAGGGUUUCGAUAAUCAAUCUUGCCAAAAUCUUGAAUCAUCUGAGAGACUUGAUCAAUCUGAGGUGUUAAGUAAUUCUAGUUCUACAAGAAAAGCUGCAUCUCUUGAGCCAUUAGAGCAUAAAUCUGACAUUCUUAAUGGUGACAUUGCUAGCCAUUGGCAAAACUUGCAGUAUGGAAGGUUUUGCCAAAAUUCACGAUAUCCUCCGCCUCUGAUUUAUCCUUCACCCCUAGUGCUACCACCUGUCUAUUUACAAGGUCAUUUCCCAUGGGAUGGCCCUGGGAGAACUCUUUCAUCAAAUGUGAACCACUUCUCUCAACUUAUGAAUUAUGGGCCUCGUAUUGUUUCUGAUACUCCCCUUCAAUCUGUUUCAAAUAGACCUGCCAGCGUAUACCAACGGCAUGCUGAUGAAAUGCCAAGAUAUCGCAGUGGUACUGGGACGUACCUUCCUAACCCCAAAGUUUCGACAAGAGAACGCCAUUCUGCAAAUGCAAGGAGGGGAAAAUAUAGUUAUGAUAGGAAUGACCACCACAGUGAUAGAGAUGGGAACUGGAAUGCCAAUUCAAAGUCACAAGCUGCUGGGUACGGCCGUAGUUGCAAUCAAAAUGAAAAAUCAAGAUUCACGUGUGAACAAUCGGGAGCUGCUUCUGGUGAGAGCAGAGCCGAGAGGCUUUGGGGGUCACAUAGACAUGAUUCAUAUUCUUCACACCAGUCUCAUAAUGGAUCGGUCUACUCAAACUCUUCACAAGGUACAUCUGCCGACAUGCCAUAUGGCAUGUACCCACUGCCAGCCAUGAACCACAGCGGGGUGUCUUCUAAUGGACCUACCAUUCCUUCUGUAGUCAUGCUGUAUCCCUAUGAACAUAAUUCUGGCUAUGGUUCCCCAGAUGAACAGCUUGAUUUUGGUUCUCUUGGACCUGUGGCAUUUUCAGGCAUGAAUAAAGAAGUACCGCAGCCAAGUGAUGGAAGCAGCUCAAGUGGGUUAUUUGACAAGCAAAGGUUCCAUGGUACCUCUGCUCAACAGUCCCUAGACCAACCCUCUUCAUCCCACCUCCAAAGGGGACUUUGAUCUUAUUGCCGAAUCUGUGGUCAGAAGAAUCACCACUGGAAGAUGAGGGGAUCCAUCCAAGGGAAGAAAUGAUGAUGGCUUGCCGUUGAGAAAAUCCACUUACCAGGCUUGUUUGAUUCGCUUCAUGGUCAUGAAAGCGAGUUCUGACUCAGUGAUUCCUUAUGAAUGGUUUUCUCACUAGAUGGUCAACUCAUGCUUGUUGGCUUGUUCUUGUAUGUACACUAUAAAGACGAAAUCAUUUUGUUUUUAAAUGCUCUGUUUUUUGUGGUUAAAAGGAUGCAGGGCACGGAGUGUUAGACUUCAAAUUUAGGGCUCUAUACACAAU